AUGACUGGAAAGGCUAUCAAAGAGGAACCAAGCGAGGCAUUUCAUAAAACUAAAGAAGAGCAAGACAUAUUUAUUGAAGAUGUUUUAAUACCUUUUGAUACCGAUCAGGGUCUUCUUGACUUUUUUCAAGACGGUAAAAGACUGGCAUCGGCUGAACAUCAAGUGAAUAAUACUAGUGGAUCAAAAUCUUAUAGUCUUGACCAAUUGCCUAACCCCCCGUCCGACGCCGAUCUUGACCUAAUGGAGAAUAUGUUUCCUUUGUUUCCUUUGGUAGGAGCAAAUUCAUUCGACGAUAGUCGUUCUUUACCACUUCUGCCAAUGCCAAACUUGAACGGUAAUCUGGUGUAUGAUAGUUCUGUCACGCAUGACGGUAAGUCCUUCCCUGUCUCACUGCAAAAUCCUAACCAUGAUCUGGAAGAAAAAGCCAUGGGUGAUGUUUUCUCGGGGUCAACAGGCAAAGUUGAUCCUACUUUAUCCAACGGUAGCAUGUCCACUCAUAACCCACGUCCUUUGAGAGCAUCCCUAUCAUUUACCCAUGGGAUGCAUCACACUUCAGCAAGGCCAAAACGACCCGAGAGCGUGCUUCUGAUAGCUUCGACCUCGUCUAAUACCAGCAAGCAGAAUUUAUUCGAGAGCUCUGGGAACCUCCAAAGUAUUCCAAAGCUGUCCAGCUCUGCAGCUUUCCCGCCAUAUCACGAUGGUGAGGUUGGUUCAAGCGAUGAACUUCAUAGGAACUAUCUUGACACAGCAAACUUCGGUAAUGAUGGACAACUUCUUUCCCUCGCCAGUGAUCAGGAGGAUUUCCUUAAUAGUACCCGUACAUUCAGUAUAGGGGCGACUCCGCAGUCCUCUAUACCAUCAAGGCAAACUCUGCAGCUGCAUCGCAAGGCUUCUAUUUCUCGCUCGCACUCUCAAGUUCACCAGUACAAUAACAGUACCAGCAAGGAUCAUUUUUUGAUGCCCCUUAAGUCUGUUAAUUCCACUGAUCUUGACCUUGAAAGUGAAAUCACUACAAUGGAUGCCAUCAUCUGA